GGCGGCUGGAGAUGUUGGAUUCUUGUCAUCUCCCGAUUAACCGAAGCGUUAUUUGACAUACUAAACUUAAAUCUAGUUUAACACAAGAUCACUGAAUUACCAGGAUUUGUAUAUAGCAAGCUCUUUAGCUAAACUAACUAGCGAAUGAGCAGCGCCUUCCAUUAUGGACAGCGACCUCAGUUCGCAGGACAAGAAGGACUUGGACAAAUUUAUCAAAUUCUUCGCCUUAAAGACUGUACAAGUGAUUGUUCAGGCUCGGCUUGGAGAAAAAAUCAGCUCGCGCUCAUCAUCUUCACCCACAGGCUCCGAUUGGUUUAAUCUAGCAAUAAAAGACAUCCCAGAGGUGACUCAUGAGGCUAAGAAAGCAUUGGCGGGGCAGCUACCUGGCAUUGGCAGGUCCAUGUGUGUGGAAAUCUCCCUCAAAACUUCAGAGGGAGAUUCAAUGGAAUUGGAAGCAUGGUGUUUGGAAAUAAAUGAGAAGUGUGACAAAGAUAUCAAGGUGUCUUACACCGUUUACAAUCGACUGUCAAUACUACUCAAAUCCCUGCUUGCUAUCACAAGGGUGACCCCAGCCUAUAAGCUAUCUCGGAAGCAAGGCCAUGACUACGUAAUACUGUACAGGAUAUAUUUUGGGGAAGUGCAGCUUUCUGGACUUGGAGAAGGCUUCCAAACCGUGCGAGUGGGGGUAGUAGGGACUCCUGUUGGCACAAUAACCCUAUCCUGUGCUUACCGAACAAACCUGGCCUUCAUGUCCACAAGGCGGUUUGAGAGGACGGCCCCCAUCAUGGGAAUCAUUAUUGAUCACUUUGUUGAACAUCCCUUUACAAACACAGGAAACAUGCACCCAUGUAAUUACAGGGCAUCAGGCGAGGAUGAGGGAGUAGCGUACGCUGGAGUGGAGGACUCCCAGGAAGUGUGCACCACCUCCUUCUCUACCUCACCCCCAUCACAGUGUGUGUGCACUGUAAGUAAGGCAAAUUUUAAGACGCCUAAACCUGCAGUGAUGGACACUCUGAAGGUCCCCAUGAUGGGCCUGGGCUUUUCACAUCAACUCUACAACUCUCGUCUCUCUUGUCAGCCCCCUGUGCUUGGACUAGGCGAUCUCUGCCACCCUGUUGCUUUUAAUACUGCUCAUCCUCACCAGAUGGUGAUCCCAGGAAAAGAGGGUGGAGUCCCCCCCCAGAUGCCUGUACAACCAUGUCAGGGUGCCCAAGCAGAACAUGGCGCACGUGGAUCCGCCUGUCCCCCUGCAGACUCCGCCCAACACAUCCCAGCCACACCCGCCAGCAGUGAUGACACAGAGACCUUGUCACGAAGCAGUGAGGUGAAGAGUGUGUCCCCCUCUGAUGUCGUGGAAACGACCUUCACCAGGAAAGUGGGUGCCUUCGUCAACAAGCCUGCCACACAGGUGACCACAGCCAGUCUGGAUUUGCCUUUUGCUGCAUUUGCUCCCAAGGUGUUUGACCUGGAAGAGAAUGACCCUAUGGUCCACCCCCCAGAUUCCCCCAUCAUGGCUUCACCCCUACAGGGCAGCCUGAAUUCCCAAGGCUCUGUGGACAGUGGAGGACAAACACAGAAUGACUUUGUCAUGAUCGACUUUAAGCCUGCCUUUUCCAAGGAUGACCUCCUUCCAAUGGAUCUGGGCACAUUCUACAGAGAGUUCCAGAAUCCCCCACAACUUGCCAGUCUGUCCAUUGACAUUAGCUCACAGUCUAUGGCUGAGGACUUGGACUCCUUACCGGAGAAACUGGCUGUGUAUGAGAAGAACAUUGACGAGUUUGAUGCAUUUGUCGACACCUUGCAAUAGGAUCAUGAUAAAAGGAACUGGCUCUAUCCACCAUACACCAAAAAACUCCAACCUAAUCUAUCAACCAAAGUCUGUCUGUCUGCCUUUUUUUAAAACAAUACGGGUGGGGGCACAUACACUUAAAUGCUGUAACCAAUUUCGUCUCUAAAUUUUCAGGCCCCAUAAGUGUCAGUUCUUAAAUGUGAGAUUGAAAUGAUCUGAUCAGAGCUAUCAGUGUAAGGUCAAAAAAAAGUCUCAAGAACUGUCUCAUUUUGCUGGACUUCGAGCAAUCUGGCAACAUAAUGUAGAUAAUCUCCAUAUAGGGUCCCGUCUGGUAGUAGCAGAGAAGACAUCUUUCAUUGUACCAAUAUAAUACCAGAAUCCCAGCAGUGAGGACUAAUGUAAAUAUCAGGUCUAACUCACCUCACUGUUAUGUAAUUAAACCAAGAUAACAGUGACACAUGCAAUCCAUUGUUGAAGUAGUGACAGAUUUAUUUCUCCUAGCUUGUGACAUUCAAAGUGUUUUUAUCUGUAACAGAGGCAGGGACAGUCAUGUUUUGGAUAUAAGAGAAGUCAAAAUGUAGAAAAAGGCUAAUGGAGGGUGAUAUGAUCAUUUUAUGGCCAUAAGUGAUGCUUUUGGUUACUAUUGGGAACCUCACACCAAAAGUCAUAUGGCCAGUCUGGGAAGUGCUUUUAAAAUCUGACCUUCUGCAUCGAGCUAUUCUUAUCUCUGCUUCAAACUAGUUUAAGGACAAAAAUCACUAUGUCACCAUUUUAGAGACUAAAAAUACAGUUAUAGGCAUUACUGUUAA